UAAUCUACCAUGCUCACUCCCAAGUAGAGAGGAGUGCCGAAACACACCUUGCGUCUUCAGCUUCCACAUUUUGCCUUCUUGCAUUCCUCAGGGAGGACGAAAUACGCCCUUCUGUUUGCAGCAAACAGCUCAAGGUGCUGCAGAUCAACAAAUCCCACCAUCAUCAUCCCACACUGCCAACAUGAAAUCGCUUUUGAUUGUUAUCCUUUGUUUCUUGGUUAUUUUGGAACCAGCCAACUGUCAAAUAGCUACAGGACCGCUCCAACCUUGGAUGCGAGGGACCAUAGCAGUUAGUGUCUUCCUGGUUUUGGCAUGUGUUGCCUUUGUCAUCAAUAGGAUAUGGUGCCAAAAUAAACAUGAUUCCUCAGAAAGGAGAAACAUGGGAGUCAACAAAGAAGAGGAAGUUAUUUCUAAUGGAACAGAAGGAAGGUAUUCAGCAACUGCAUCAAAUUUUAGGUGUGAAGAAGGCCCACAUGUCUAUGAAAAUGAAGUUGAGCUUGAGUGUGAGAGCACAACUGCACAUCAUGGUGAAAAAAACCUUGAAGUUCUUACUACUUGCAUGUAACCUUACCAUCUCUGGGUAUCACUCAUCACUCAAUCUUUUAUAGACUUCAUAAUGAGGACAGCUGUACAUAUUGAUCUGGUCAUUCUGUUCCAAGGAAUUGGCUGAUGAAUAACUGCUGUUAAAAUUCCAUCCCUUACUGUGAUAAAAAUGUUCACUGUGGAAUUCCUUUUCAUUUUGAGACGAUUUUCAAGCAUAGCUGCACAUAUUUUCUGGACAAAAAUUGUCAAAUGCCAUUUUUAAAAAAUCAACAAAAGAUCACUGUUUACAGAACCUAUAUUUUGGCUUGAUACUGAUUACUUGCUGUUCUGUCUUAUGACCUCAUUUGACAGGGUACUUUUUAGAAGCAUGUGCCAGUUCCUGUAUUGUUUGAUGAUAGAGCAUGCAGGCUACCAUCCCAUGACAUAAAACUACUUCUGGUGGGGUUCCAUCAUAAAACCAGAACAUGCUACCACAGCGGCAACAUGGGAGGCUUCCUGUGUUCAAUUGGAGUCAACUUGGAUGCUUCCCCAGGGGAUGAAGUAGGGAGGAAGCUGGGCAAUAUGGGGCAUGAGACAAUGAGUUCCCCACACCCCAUGCCAAACACCACGGGAUUUGCCAUGCUGCGUGGUGAUUCCAGAGGCCCAUGUGAUGAGGUCAUUAAGCUAUUGGUCAAAUUUAUUGGCCAAUUAUUGAUGGCUCACAAGCCAAAAUAAACAUCUUCCAUAGCCACCUGACAUACUCCAGCUCAACAUUUGGAAUUUCUCAGUUAGGAACAACUCUUCAUGAUAAAAGUUCUGAUGAAGGAAACAGAUACACAAGAAUUGUGAGUAGACAUCAUCAGCCGGGGUCAUGGGCAAUGAUGAAAGCAUGGUGAACCUUCAUCCACUUCAAACUAUUUUUUAAUGGAAACUUGAGGUUCAUCAACUGGAACCAAGUAGAAAACCAUGACAUGAGAGGAGGGCCUCUCAUGUCAUUCUCAGCUGAAGAAUUUGCUUUGCGUUCUAGAACUAAACUCUCAUACAAAUCCAUUCUUGGUUUUCUGUCUCAGCAAACAUCUCUGUAAAUGCAACCUAGUUUAGAAGGAGACAGUAAUCUGUCUCUAAACAAUUGAGAAUCAGAAGAUUGUAGUAUUUUUUUUGAAAAUCACUCCAAAAUCUACCAGUAGACUAAAAACAGCAGAUCCAAAAUCAGUGGUAUUGGAUCACUGCAAUGACAGAUCUGUUACAAGUAUUUGUUACUCUGGGGGAAAAACCCCACUGUGAAUCUGACAUGCAGUCCUCAGAAAUGAGUUUUAUGCAUUUCAUGACAUAUCUACAUUUUAUCAACUGAAGGAUUUGUUAUCUGGAAAUGAACUUUGUUGACGAUUACGUAUGGAAUAGGUAUUUCUAAAAGUUGCUGUUUCUUUAAUGAACAUAGGAACAAAAUCCCAGAUAUCAUUUACUCGCAUAAGAAUGGAUUAAUGUAUUUUCAUAUGUUGUAACCAGUAAAUAUAUUUUUUCUUAAUUGUAAUUCAGAUCCUUCAAUUAUGCACAUUGAGCUGUGUUUGUUGACUGCCCAAAUGUCAGCAAAUUUUUGACAUAAUGUAAAACAUAACUAAAUAUUCAUGCUACAAAAA